CUCAUAGUCCGCCCUCUGUUCCGCGGUAUACUUUAUGCCGCUGGUCGCAUGGUCUUGAUUUUCAAUUAUAAUUUUUUGAUUAAAAAUCGGUAGGAGUGUGUUAAAACGGCUAGAAAAUGUUGGUUUUAUUCGAAACCCCGGCGGGGUAUGCUAUUUUCAAACUCUUGGAUGACAAAAAGCUGUCAGAAACAGAUAACCUCUAUCAUGACUUCGAGACACCUGAAGCAGCUAGCAAAAUCGUCAAGCUCAAGCACUUCGAGAAGUUUGCAGAUACUACUGAAGCUCUUGCUGCUACCACUGCAGCUGUGGAAGGAAAAGUGAGCAAGUCGUUGAAGAAAAUGCUGAAGAAAUAUUGUGCUGAGGUCCAGGAGCAGCUUGCAGUUGCUGACGCGAAGCUUGGUAAUGCAAUAAAAGACAAACUCAGCCUCUCGUGCGUCAGCAAUACAGCUGUCCAAGAGUUGAUGCGAUGUAUCAGAAGCCAGAUGGAUUCUUUACUGGCUGGUCUUCCAAAAAAAGAAAUGACUGCUAUGGCUUUAGGUUUGGCCCACAGUCUUUCCAGAUACAAGCUUAAAUUCUCUCCUGAUAAAAUUGAUACUAUGAUCGUGCAAGCAGUAUGUCUACUGGAUGAUUUGGACAAAGAAUUGAAUAACUAUGUGAUGAGAUGCAGAGAAUGGUACGGAUGGCAUUUCCCUGAACUGGGAAAGAUCAUCACGGACAAUGUCGCAUUCGUAAAGACAGUGAAAGUAAUUGGUACGAGAGAAAACACAGCAAAUUCAGACUUGUCUGAUACCUUACCUGAGGAAAUAGAAGAGAAAGUUAAAGAGGCUGCAGAAAUAUCAAUGGGUACUGAAAUUUCGGAUGACGAUAUUCUAAAUAUUCAACACCUGUGCGAUCAGGUUAUAGAAAUUUCGAACUAUAGAACUCAAUUGUACGACUACCUCAAGACCAGAAUGAUGGCCAUGGCACCGAAUCUGACAGUUUUAGUCGGAGAAUUAGUAGGUGCAAGAUUAAUUUCCCAUGCGGGAUCGCUAAUUAAUCUUGCCAAGCACCCUGCCUCAACUGUGCAAAUUCUCGGCGCAGAAAAGGCCCUUUUCAGAGCACUGAAAACAAAACGAGACACUCCAAAAUAUGGUUUAAUUUACCAUGCUCAACUUGUUGGCCAAUCCUCAACAAAGAACAAGGGAAAAAUGUCCAGAAUGCUCGCAGCAAAAGCAGCAUUGGCCACAAGAGUAGAUGCUCUUGGAGAAGAUGGAACCUUUGACUUGGGAGCUGAACACAAAGCCAAACUGGAAGCAAGAUUGAGAAUACUCGAAGAAGGCAACCUCCGCAGAAUUAGCGGCACUGGAAAAGCUAAAGCGAAGUUUGAAAAAUACCACGGUACUUCUGAAGUCAAACAAUAUCCCACUGCUGCAGAUUCCACUCUACCGACCACCAAGAGGAGGCAUUCGCAGAUAGAAGAAAAGAAACCACUGAUUGAAGAGAUUGAACCAGGCACAGAAGCUACAGAGGAUGUGCCACAGAAGAAAAAGAAAAUCAGAGAUAGUAUUGGAGAAGAAGCCGUUAAAGUUGAGGGUGAAACUCCUACCAGUUCGAAGAAACAGAAAAAAGCAAAGCAAGAGCAGCAGGAAGUUUCUGCUCCUGUGGAAAUUGAAGAACCAGAACAGGAUGUUCAAGAUUCUGGGAAGAAAAAGAAGAAGCAAAAGAAGCUCAAAGUAGAAGAGCCAGAAGUGGUACAGGCCGAAACUGCCGAUGCUGAAGAGGUUGCAGGUCCCUCGAGUGAAAAGAAGAAGAAGAAGAAGAAGAAAAAAGCCGUAGCUGAAGACUAAACUAUUAUUGGAAAAUAUUAUAAAUUUACGCAUUUCUACGUGACUGUUAUUUGACGUAACAGGAUUUAUAAAAUUACAACAGAAAAGCUACACUUCACACUGUAGUCACAGAUUCCUCCUAAUUAGAUAUGAUUAUACAACGUGAAAUUGCGCACCCGAUUUGCACAUGCGCGAUCGUCGGCAUUUGUUUUGCAGAAUGUCCAACAACACUCCGAUUUCAGAUUUAGCUGUCAAAUAUAAGGAUCUAACUUGAACUUUUCGAUGAGUGUAUUUCUGUCGACAUUCAAUUAAUCUCGCAUUCAAUUGAUGGAAUUUAUUUGAUGCUAUGCCACCCUACUUGUCUGUGUCUGGUUUUGUGCUGCAUUAUUCACCUGACAGAACAUACCUCAGUCAUAUUUAAAUACCGCGAUCUCAGCUGUAUUGGUGAUCGACAAUUUGACAGCUAAAGCUGAAAUCUGAGGCUGUUGGUACAACACGCUAGCAGCUGAUAAAUUCGACUGUCGUUUUGAUUCGCGCUUGCGCACAAAAAUUGGGUGUGCAAUUUCACGUUGUCCUCUCUGUAUAAUCCCCUCCCACUAACUAUUGAAUUAUCAGAUACAUACCUUAAUUAAGUCUCAAUCACGAUAGUUCUCAACAACGACUGAAGUUUGGGUCAUCCAAUUACUUUUUCAGUAGUCACUCCAAUUCCGUAUCGAAGUGUGCGAAAACUUCACGUACGUAUGCUCUCUAAAACGAGUCCUACGUAUAGGUACUGAUAUUAUUCCAUAAAGUGAAGAACUCGUAAGUACACAUGCUGGUAUCGUGCAUACAUACCGGUAUCUUGUUUCAAAACCAAAUAUGUAUCUAUUUUUUAAUAAAUAUAUAUCAUGAAAUA